AUGAAUCUGACCGAGACGGAGGCAGUUAUGGAGUUAGUUGGGAAUUUUCUUAAUUUCUACUACACUCCUUUGUUGGUGGUUGUUGGAAGCAUAGGAAACAUUCUGUCGGUACUUGUGUUUUUUGGCACCAAACUGAAAAAGCUUUCCUCUUCCUACUACCUGGCGGCUCUAGGAGUCAGUGACACUUGUUAUCUAGUGGGAUUGUUCGUAACUUGGUUAAAUUUCUUCCAAGUCCACAUCUAUACGAGAGAACCGUUCUGCCAGUUGUUCACUUACACGAGCGGUGUUAGCAGCUUCCUUUCCGUGUGGUACGUGGUUGCCUUCACUUUCGAGCGUUUUAUCGUCGUGCGCUAUCCGCUAAAAAGGCAAAGUUGGUGCACCGUUAGGCGUGCAAAGACAAUUAUUGCUUGCCUAACAAUGGUCGGAAGUGUGCAUAGUAUACCAUACUUUUUUUAUGCCGGAACCCAGUUUUCGGAUCGCAACAACGACACCAUAUGCGACAUGCGAAAGGAAUACACGUCUCAAAUGGAGAUUUUCAAUUAUAUUGACACCGUAAUAGUAUUUGUAGUUCCGUUCACGAUAAUCGUUGUCUUGAAUUCGGUUACCAGCUUCACAGUAUGGCGGUUUGCGAGACUGCGACGAAACAUGACACUUUCGAGAAGAAAACCAUCUAAUUUGGAGAUUCGACGGCAAUCUAGCUUCCAGUAUUUCUCGUCGCACCCAAAUGGGAACAAUAACAUACUGCGGCGGUCUAGCAUGAGAGAGAAUCGAAUGCUAUACUCUCAGAUGAAAGUUACCAAAAUGUUACUCAUUGUGUCAUCGGUUUUCGUUUGCCUAAAUUUGCCAAGCUACGUCAUGCGUGUCCGCGCAUUUGUCGAGACUGGCCAUUCAUAUCUUUCGAUAUUGGUGCAAUAUUAUUGCUACUUGUUUUUUAUAACCAACUUUGGAAUCAACUUCAUCUUAUAUUGCAUUAGUGGACAAAAUUUCCGAAAAGCUGUGAUAGAAAUGUUUCGUCGUCAUCACCAAAGAACAGUAAAUCAGGAACCAAUAAGUGGCUGCGCUACGAAUUCAGAACUUAUGCGAGCCUAUGGUAACAUAGCGACGUGCAAGCACCCCUCUAUCCACGACAACCACUACCACCACAAAUCGUACAAAUGA